AAUUUUCUACCUUCCCUCUGCUUCGCUCGAUUCUCAGUCAGUCACAGUCGUCAAGUGAGUCAGAGAGCCAUCGCAUCACUUUCUUGCGAAAAACAGUGGUGAUGAAACGACAAUAAUCACAAAAAGUCUAACCUCCCAUUUGGCUCCAUUUGGUGUGACGUACCCAAAAGUGCUACUGUUUUCGGUGUUAAGUAACCAUGUAAACCUCGAAAGGUUGAGUGCACAGUUUGGAUUAUUGUCAUCUAGAACUGGAAUCGACUCAUUUCUCGCAGUGAACACGGAAAAGAUUUUGCCAACGACUAGCUACUAGCAGCUCUCAAUGAUAAACAAAUGAUAACGGAAAGUGUAACUCGUGUUGUAGUCCUCGACGUCGUCGUCUAGAAGCGACUUUUUACUCCCAUUAAUAGGAUUUUAGUUUCGCACAUCGGACCGGCAUUAACGGAAACAGAAUCCGGAAUGGAUCUAACUAGCAGCGUAACGGAGAGCUUUCAGCAUGGGCUAGUAAAAAACAUCACAUCGGCACAUCACCUGGUGGAUUCGGAAGGUGGCAUGAGCAAAGUCGAAGCGAAACUGUUGGCAAUAUUUGCACUCGGAAUCGGAAGCUUCGUGUCCGGAAUUUUGCCACUGUUUUGUGCCCAACGGAACCGCGAUCGAUUUCCGGCCCUCAUCUCGUUUCUGCUCUGCUUUGGAGCAGGUGUUCUGUUGGCUACGGCCCUGGUGCAUAUGCUGCCGGAGGUUCGCGAUGGGUUAAAGCAGUACGCGGAGAUUGUAUUUUGCCUGGGAUUUUUCCUGAUUUAUACCGUUGACGAAAUCAGCCACCUGCUGGGGGUGGGUCAUUCACACAGUCAUGGGCCGAGCGAGCGAGUUGUAAGCAACUCCCGGAGAGCUAGCCGGGAUUCGACCGGUGGAGAUACGGAUGGCCGCGGCUAUGGAACCAGCGAAGAAACGAAACUCCUGAACAAAGCCCUCUUUUCAUUCAAACACGCAGACAGUACCAUUCAAGCCCCGCAACGGCCUUCAGAAAGCGAUGGUGCAGGCCACUCCCACACCCUGGGCAUGAGUUGUUCCGAUGAUAGCAUCCACGUUAUGGUUGCCGGAACCGGGGAACAAGCAACCGGCGUAUUCAGUCUACUCCUAGCCCUGGUAGUGCACUCACUGCUGGAAGGUCUAGCCAUCGGUGUCCAAAGUACGGCACCAGGUGUACUGCUAUUGCUGGGAGCAGUCAGUGCCCACAAAUACGUGGUGGCAUUCUGUCUGGGAGUCGAAAUCUGCACCAACGGAAGCCGAAACCGGUGCUCCCACAUCAUACAGAUACUGAUCUUCUCGGUUGGAUCGGUAGCCGGUAUCGCAGUUGGUAUGGUGAUGGACAACCUGAGCGAUACCUUCAACACGCUGGUGAUACCGAUCCUUCAGGGCGUGGCCGGUGGCACCCUGCUUUACGUAACGGUCAGUGAAGUUCUUCCUCGGGAGCGUGGAAAGCGGAACGAUGCACGAUUGCGACAGAUUGGCCUUCUGCAGUUGAUAGCGGUGAUAUUAGGAUUUACGGUAAUGUCCACGUUGAGUCUGGUGAUAAGUGAACAGUAGUGGCGAGGGAGGAUGCAUUGUUGGAACAAUUUUAAAAAUUUUAUUAUCAAAAACAACGAUGGAAUGUGUAGUUUAUAGUAUUUGAAUGCAACACUUGAACAAAAGACGCAACAGUGUGCCGACUCAUUUAAACAAUACUUACUUAUUAAAAAAAAAUG